AUUGUCAACAUGAAUUGGGGGAAACUAGUAUAAAGGUUGGUGCAUAUUUCAUCGGAACUCAUAAUCAAGUCAACACUUCAUCAAUUCGGAUUAAUCUGCUAAACACACGUGAAAAUGCGUACUUUUGUGGUUUUAUGUUUGUUGGGAGUGGCUGCUGCUCAAUAUGACUACUCUCCACAGACUGUGGAUGACUAUUCGACCUCCUCGAAUCAAAACGAUUUGUCGGGUGUCGCUCCCGCCAACAACGCUUACGACAAGGAAUUCUUUAGUUUCACAGCUCCCGAAAGUGAGUUUGCUGACAACACUGCUGCUGAGAAGGUCGCCGGUGCUUUGAAGAAGAACCUACGUGUUGUUUUUAUCAAGGGACCUGAAAACACUGCUCUCGAAAAUGCUGCCCUCCAAUUGGCUAAAUCUGCCGCCCAGGACCAAACCGCCAUCUAUGUGCUCAACAAACAAGCCGAUAUCGGAGAUUUGGCCAAUAAGUUGAACAACUUGAACACCAAUGCCAACAGCAAACCCGAAGUUCAUUUUGUCAAAUACCGCACACAAGCUGAUGCCGAUAACGCUCAACGUACAAUUCAAGCUCAGUAUGAAGCUUUACCUGGUGCCAGCAAGAGCUCUAACGGAGGCACUGCACCUGUUUUGGACUUUACCUCCAAGGUUCAUUCGAACUCCGGCUCUACCGGUGAAUCUGCCGGUCUCUCCAACUCUUACAUACCACCACAAUCGUCGUAUUUGCCACCUGGCAGACGUUUCUAAAUUGAAUUCUGACCAAAAGUUUUGAUUUGUUAUCUAGUUUUUAGGAUAAGACUGUUAUUUUUCGUGUUUACAUGAAAAAGUUUUAUUUUUUAUAGUACAAAAAUACACUACCUUAUGAAAUAUUAUACAA